CUGUGGUUGAAUUCAGCCCCACCUCUCAGGCACUGAGCUGCUGCUGACUGACCAAGGUCAUCUUGGUCAGUUCAGACCUGAUUUGCUUGACCCAUGACCUUUCCCCAUUCAAUCCUAUUUCCUUACUGGUGUGAGGCUGGGACCAGGGUCCAGUCAAAUCCUUCUAUGAGGCCAAAGGACCCACCAACCUGCUGCAGAAAGAUAAUGCACCGCAGAUGGUCCUGCUGGAGGCAGUUGCUGGGCACGGCACCCCUGUGGCCAGUGCCACACUAACCAGAUUCCGACAUCAACGGAAGCAUUGGGAUGGCCUCUACGGUGGCUGCCAGGCAGCUGCUCCAAGCCCAGCUCUGCCCCGCAGCACCACAGCGAAGCAGAUGCUGAGGCCUUGCUCUUCCUGGGCUGCUUCAAGCCAGUGCCUGAGCCUGGUGGAGGUGCCUGUCCUGGGGAAGAACAUGAACUGGUCCAACGAAAGUGGAAACUGCUCCUCUGCUUCCAUGGACGACCUGAUGCAAACCGUGCAGGUGGUGGUCCACAUCCCCACCUUUCUCCUGGGCCUAGUCCUCAACCUGCUGGCCAUCCGGGGCUUCCAUGCCUUCCUGAGGAAGAGGUUGCUGGAAUAUGUCGCCACUUGCAUCUACAUGAUCAACCUGGCAGCCUUUGACCUGCUGAUGGUGCUCUCCCUCCUGUUCAAGAUUGUCCUGGUCUACGUGCAGGCUCCCUUUCCGUCCCUGUGUAGCUUGGUGGAGUGCCUCCACUUCAUCAGCAUGUACGGCAGCAUCUUAACAAUCUGCUUCAUCAGCCUGGAUAGAUACUUGGCCAUCCAGUACCCAUUCCUGGCCAGCCACUGCCGGUCCCCCAGGAAGAUCUUUGGGAUCUGCUGUGCCAUCUGGGUCCUGGUGUGGGCCGGGAGUAUCCCCUUCUACAGCUUCAGUCAGGGAGAAGAAAGGUAUAAGUGCUUCAACAAUAUGUCCAUUAAGGUCUGGAGUGCCAACAUUGUCUUUCCUGUCGAGGUGUUUGGCUUCCUUCUUCCCAUGGGCAUCAUGGGCUUCUGCUCCUUCAAGAACAUUCGCAUUCUGGUCAGCCAGCAGGACACCACCCUGGACCUGGACCGGAAGGGGAGGGCCUGCAUCUGGACUAUCGCGUGCAAUCUGGCUGUUUUCGUGCUCUCCUUUCUUCCAGUACACAUAGGUUUCUUCUUGCAGUUCCUGGUAAGAAAUGAGUUUAUUGUGGAGUGUGGAGCUCAGCAGAACAUCACCUUGUUUUUGAAAUUGUCCAUGUGUCUCUCCAAUGUCAACUGCUGCCUGGAUGUUUUCUGCUAUUACUUUGCCAUCAAAGAAUUCCACAUAGGCAUCAGGGCCCAGCAGAACACCAGAGACCAGCUGGGGCUGGACUUCUUGCAGACCAGGACUACUGUGGCUGGGGAGAGAAAGCUCUCCGCAGAGAAAGGAAACUGCAGCCCUGGAUCCUAGUGGCAGACAUCCUGUUCCAGGACCUUGUCGGGGUGGGAAGAUGCGUGGUGCGUGCCUAGUGUGCUCUCCAUUUAGAUGCUCAGUGAACGCUGUGUCUGCUCAUUAUGCCCCCAGAGCCCUCCCCGCACACCCAGACGGCUCAACAUAAAUCACCCAGUGUUUGGAGAUUUCUGAUGAAUCUGAGAACCAGGUGAAUUCUUGACCUCUAAGUCCAUAAAGAGUGAGGCAGAAAAACGAGAAAGAAAAUGGGACCAUCUGAACAAGGCUACCUCUCCCCUAUCUUCUGCUAGGCUGGAAGUUUCCAGAAAGGAAGAGAGAGAGGAGUUGGAAGAGAGAAUUGAGGUUGGCCGUGGUGGCAGGUGCCCUGGGCUAAGACACAGUGCUGGGUGAAAGGGCAAAGCCAGCUCCAUUUGCUGUUGUGGCACUAUUUGCUUAGCAGCCUGAGACCUUGUUAAACAGGACGGCCAGUUCACUCUUCUGAGCUUGUCCCCAGGACUGGAGAUGACUGGAAAUGACUGGAGAGCAAGGACAGCAUGACUGACCGCUCCCUGCAGCCAUGGGCAGAGGAUGACAUUGGAACAAAUGGCAGCCUCCUGUUACGACCCACAGCCCAGGGGCCACACAGCAGCAGCGCCCCUCCCGACCCUUUGUAAUCUAAUUAUAAUCCAGUAAUAGCUCAGAGCCCCCCUCCUCAAUGGCCCUCUCCCCUCUUGGAGAGUGAAAAAAAGCUCUUCUCCGCGCUUUCUUCUCCUCGUGAAUUAUUUCCCAGCCUGUGCCACCACCUGCCUGACAGUAGGGAUGUAGCGAGCUCCUUUUGAGUUUGUGGGUCCUGGGGUGAGCAUACUUGUAUUUUCCAGUCCCUUCUAGGGCUCUGUUGGCCAAUGACCUUGCAGAGAUGACAGCAAGUGGUGGUGGUGGUGGGGUGAUCAUAGUGGAGCAAAUACACACAAAGAACCCCAAGUUUCUUACAGGCUUUUAAAAGGCCGGGGAAACCCAGGAGAAUGUUGCAGAAGAGAGAGGGGAGCUGGUGUGGCAAAGCCGCAGAUACUUUGUGGAAGCAGUGGUGACAGAGUGGGUAGCUGUUGGUGACACCCGAGAGCCAGGAGGGUAUAGAAUACACCUGGGGAAGGACGGACACAGGCCAAGGGCAGCUCCUGCCCCACUGCUAUGGGGUUGUCCACUGCCCAGAGUUUUAGCACUGGCCUGGGGGGGGAGAGGCAGGGUGACAAGCCUGGGGGAAAGGACCUCCCUGAACCUGACCAGCUUGCUCUCUUGAACGGGUUCAUUACACUUAGUUUCCUUGAGAAUGAUGAGAAAGAAUCAGGCUCGAUUUGGUUCAGCCAGAGGAGGAUAAGGAGCACAUGUUCGUCUUGCCCACCUGCGUCCUGGCUGGGGACCUGGCCACAGUGGCACUGUCCGGGGCGCUGUCCUCUCCAGUGUCCAGGGAGGGGGAGACAACGAGUCAGCCAGGAAUGGAGGGCCCAGCUUGCUGGCACGAGGCUCUUGGCAGUUUCUAGCUGGAAACUGGAAACCACUGAAUCGUGGCCUGGCUGGGACCCUGUGGUGAUCAGAAAGAGCAGCAGUGACAGCUGAGAGCCUUCGAUGACCCAGUGGCUCCAGAGAGAAAAAACGAUGACAAGGAUUCAUUAAACAAAACAGCCCGGUAGUUUUGCAAGAUGGAGUGAGCAGGAGGAGAAGUGACAGAGAGAGACAAAGGGAAGGCCUUCUGGGAGAAGAGCAACAACCUCCUAACUGAGGGAUAAGAGCUUCCACUGCCAAGCGCUGGACGGGAGGGAGGGGUGG